UUUUUUGCUUUUUUAAAGAAUUAUGAAAUUGCCUCUAUUGCUAAUGUUGAAAACAAUUCUUUAAUCUUCAUUAAAUACCAUAGCAUGAACAAAAUAAACUACAAACAAGUCCUACAAAAAUAUGAACCAAAUUUCAAUACAAUGAUUACUUUAAUCAAACAACCUGUUCGUUUUCUGCAAUUUACUUUUAAAACUGAAGGUUAUAGACAAAGAAAGGCAUUUAUAAAAUGUGAGAAUGAAAGCGGUAACGAUAAUAUUGCUAUUAUUGAUGUUAUACCUGGAGAUCGACAAACUUGUCGUAAAAAUUCUUUUAACUCACAAAUUGUUAAAACAAAAUUGUGUGCAAAUGAUAAAUACGUUCUUAUAUUUGAAUCAGAUGAAAAACAUACUAAAGUAUAUUAA